AUGGCAACACAAAACAAAGGUCACCAUGUGAAAAUCAAUAAUCAUCCAACCGUUUAUAUACAACAAAAAUCAGAAGAACAAGUUUUUUCACAAAAAUUCACUCAAUUAUCUAUCACAACAAAUAAUCAACAGCCAACAGCAAUGAAAGAUAUUGUAGGUGAAAUCAAACAAAUUCCAGAUUAUUUAUCAAAACGAAAUGAAUCCUACAAACAAAUUAUAAAUCAAAUUAUCUCAACAACGGCAAACCUAGCAACAUCAAAUAAAACAAAAGAAGAAUUACGACAAAUAUCCAUUUUAAUUUAUAAGAUUAUGGUCAUUCAAAUUUAUAAUUCUCUAUGGACCACUUAUUUAAAAUCGGGUACGGGACAAUUGAUUAUUCAAUCGAAAGAACAAUUGAAUUGUUUAACAAAUUUACAUAUAUGGCCCAAAGAAAUUAAAACAAUAAUAACACAAAAAUCAAUAAAAAUGAAUGCAACAAAUGAAAAUGAAAUUUAUAUGAAUUUUAUUAGUAAUAAACUACAUGAACUAGAUAAUCAAUUAAAACAAUAUCAAGCUGAAUUGAAUCAGAAAAUAAAUAGUUUUUAUGGUUAUACAUUAAAACUUCAACAAUUGAUUGAAACAUAUAUUCAGCAAAAUAUGUCUUCUUUUCGUAUGGAAAUUGAACAUAAAAUUGAACUUAUCCAUUAUGAUUAUUAUAUUCAAGCAUUAAAAUUAGAAUAUUAUCGCCAUGAUCCAAAUGUAUAUCAAAAGAAUAUAAUGAAACAGCUUUGUUCCAGUAAAUAUGAACAAGAACUUACAAAACAAGAAUUCGAUUUACUUCAACAACAAAUUAAUUAUUACAAUUCACCGUGUCAAUCAUUUGAAUGUUCAUCUCUAUCACAAUCAGAAUUAAUUAAUUCGAUUCAAGAUUCAAAUAUUCGACAAGAAUUAUUCAAUCAAUACAAGACAAUUGCUGUACAAUCAAGAUUAGAUAUAUUCAACCUCUAUAUGAAGUCAGCAAAAAGUCAAAUGGAUGAAUGUAAGAAGAAAUUCGAUGCUAAUAUGAAAAAACUGUGGCAUGACCAACAUUCUUCUUCUGAUAAUGAAAAACUAUCGGCACUUAUGAUCAAUCUUAUAGAACAACGUUGUAAUAAAAUAGGUGAUCGUAUAAGAUAUUCUAAAAUGAAUUCGAACAAUAUUAAUUCUACUAAUGAUCAACAAGUUCCUACUAAUGUACAACGAAAAAAAUGUCAUGGUAAUCGACGUGAUCAACGUUUUCGAAGAAAAUGUCGUGUAAAAGGUAUGAAACCAAAAAUUAUAGAAAAGUUACUUAUGAAACGAAAGCAAGUGGAAAAUCAAAAUCAUAAUAAUACAAAACACACGAAUAUGCAAAAAAUACAAUCAAACAAACAAACAACUGAUAUUAAUAAUUCUUCGAAACCGACAACAAUAAAUCCAAAUAAACGUAAAAGAGAUGUUUCAUCACAAGAUUUAAAACUGAAUUCAACAUUAGUACGAUCUACAAAUACUAGUCAACCAUUAUCGAAGAAAAUAAAGGAAAAAAAUAAAACAACAACUAAUUCUUCAAUGCAAAACGAUAACAAUACUAACAAAAGGAAAUAUCGACGACCCAUGUAUUUAAAACGAUUAUUACCAAGAUUUUUUAAACGAAUAAGUAAAAUUUUAAACUAUUCAUUGAAGGACAAAGUUACGCGAGAUUUUCUCAUUGCACGACUUGAAUUAUUGGACGAACAAUAUUGUUUAACAGUUGAUCAACAAUUAUGGCAAUCCUAUGUAAAUAUUGGUAUAGAACAUCAAAUAUGGCCAAAUCAACUCUAUAACAUGGCAAAGACUACUGAUUUUGAACUAUGUCAGCAAUAUGUUAUCAAGUAUAUCAAAGAUAUUGAACAUGAACAUAAUCUAUGUCAAAUGAAACUAAGAGAACAAUCUCAAUUAUGUUCAAUAACAACAUUACCAUUAGAUCGAAUCGAUUCACACAUGAAAAAAAUUGUUCAAAAUGAACGACAUUAUCUAUCAUUAAGAAAUAAUGAACAAUUAUCCAAAUUCAAAGAUGAUCUUCAUGAACAACAAUUAUUUGAAACUAUAAGUCAAUAUCGUUUAACAUUCGAUCAAAAUGAAUAUCUGAAUCAAUUAAUGUCUAUACGAAACGAACAAGGAAAAAUUUGGGAAGAAUAUCUUGUACUACAUAUGCGAAUACUUUGUAAUUUUUUACCACUAAAGUUUAAUGAAUUGGAAAAUUUUACUUCACCUAUGAUUUAUACACCAAAAAUUCAGAAUAAAAUUGCAAUUCAAGUCAAUAAUGACCGUAUAAAAAUUAUUAAAGAAGCGAAACGUAUAUGGCUUAAUAUUGCUUUCUAUGCGUAUGAAGUUAAUUUACAAAAAUAUGAUCACCAAUAUCGAUCUAUAUGGUUUGAAUUACAAUCACGAUUAUUCAAUGAUACAACUGUCAAUGGCAAUGUCAUUUUCAAUCAUUUCAACGAAUAUAUGACUUCUCAAAUAAACAAAUUAAAAAGUGAUAUUCGGCAUAAUUUGACAUCUUAUCGACACAUAUUACUUCAAAAUCGUCAACGUUCAGUAUCCUCCAAGAAUACAAUUCGUGUUUCUCCUGAACCAUAUCUUGAUUUACUGGAAAAUCCAUUCAAUGAACCUGAAUGGAAUUAUCUUUGUCUUGGUCCAUCUUUUAUACGUUUAAAUCAAAGUGCCAUUCGUACUGUAGAUCAACAAAAAAGUGAAAUUAAAAAUGAACAUAAAGACAUUACGAAGAAAGUUGAAAGUCAUCUUAUUAAACAUCAUAGUAUCCCAUGGAAAUCACGUGUUUUAACAGACUAUUCGAAUGAAGUAUUCGAUCAUUUUAAUCAAUGUUAUUUUACUCCAUUAUCAUGUAAAGAACAAAUUGAAGUGCUCGAACAAGCACAAAAGACUACAUCAAUUCGACAAAAAAUUAAAAAAAAUGAUCUCAUUCUUCGCCUUACUGAUAAGGGUAAUAAUUUUUAUAUUGGUUCAGCUAGUGAAUUUGAAAAGAAAGCUGAAAAAUUUUUCCAAGAAACAAAUGCUUUUAUUGAAAUAUCAGUCAAUCCAUUCAAUCAAAUUCAAGAUCAAGUUAUUCAAUUACUCAAUCGAUUACGAUCAAAACGACUUAUUUUACAACGGCAAUAUAAUGAAAUGAUGCCUGAUCGAGAAAAUUCUGAACUAUCACAUUUAUAUUUUAAUCCAAAAACUCAUAAGGAUGAUAUACCAGUUAGACCAAUUGAAAAUACAAUUCAUUCAUCAACAAGAAAUAUAUCACAAUUUUUAGAUAAAAUCAUACGACCUGUAUUUGAUGAAAAAUGUGCUUCAACAACUAUUAUCGAUGCAACUUCUUUAAUUAAAGAACUUCUUAAAUAUAUUAAAAAAGGUCUCUUGAAACCAACAACACUUUUUUGUACAUUUGAUAUUCGUAAUUUAUAUACAAUGUUACCACAAGAUGAAGCACUUGAUAUUCUCGUUGAAUUUCUUCGAUUUCAUGGUUAUACCAAAGUUAAAGGCAUUGAUCUUGCAACUAUUCGAGAAUUAGCUACCAUUGUACUCAAAGAAAAUGUUUUUGUCUAUGGUAAUAAAAUUUACCGACAAGUACUUGGUGGUGCUAUGGGUUCAUCCUUUACAUUAACAUUAGCAAAUAUUUUCAUGUGGAAAUGGCAAAAAGAACUUGUUCGUCGACAAGAUAUGACUGGUGAAUUUUAUGGCCGAUACAUCGAUGAUAUUUUAAUGACCUGGAAUAAAUCAGAAAAAGCAUUACAAGAUUUAUUAGAUGAUGCAAACAAAUGGCAUCCAAAUAUUAAAUUAGAAUAUAAAAUCGGUAAAAGUCUUCCAUUUCUUGAUGUUGUUCUUACAAAUAAUAAUGGCAUUUUAUCAACAUCUGUAUAUCAUAAACCAGCAGCUGAGCCUUAUGCUGUGCCAUUCAAUUCUGAUCAUCCACGACACGUAUUCGUCAAUAUUAUACAAACAAGUCUCGCACGUGCUGCAAGAUAUUCAUCAACAUUUCAAAGUUUCAACACAGAACGACGCUAUAUUCAUUUGGCAUUACUAUACAAUGGGUGA